GCGACUGGCUGAGACGUGGCGCUAACUCCCGCCUCUCCGUGUGCGCGUCACCGCGGCAGUUUCUGUGCCCCGCACAGCGCACAGGGAGCCACUGCACACGGACAAACCCAGGCGAGUCGAGUCUGCGAUUCCAUUGUGGCCGUCAUCCACCAUCGCUAUGGGAAUUACCACAGCGUUCUUCCUUAACCAAGCUGUCCUCCCUUCGGAAACCGCACCACCUGCAGACACCGACUAUCAAACACUGCAGCUGAAAGCGUUGCUGCACCAGAGACUGGCUCAGCGCCUCACCUCCGGCAAACUGAGGAGGAGGAUGAGGAACACCUAGAGAUUAAAAGUGUUUUCUCUAGCAGACAACUUGGACAAGGACGUUUGUUGGAAUCUUUUACAUCAGGACGAUGCAUGCCACGUGUGUGUCCGCGGUGCUCCUGUAUACCGUGGUGGUUGACAUCUCCUGGGUUUUGACCACACCCAGCUCAGCUGACCAGCCCAUUUUCUCUCCUCGCCACUAUCGACACACAGACCCUGAAUCAGGUGCCCAGCUGGUCUGCAAUAAGUGCCCGGCAGGUACCUACGUGUCUGCCCACUGCUCCCCCUCAGCGGUGAGGGAGUGCAGCCCCUGCCCCGAAGGCACCUUCACACGGGGCGAGAAUGGGGUGCAGCAGUGUCAUCGCUGUCGGGCUAUGUGUCCUGCAGGUUUUAUUGAGAAAGCACCCUGCAUGGCCACCCAGGACCGUAUCUGCACAUGUCCACCCAACAGCUUCUUUUCAGUGAGUGGUGGCAUACAGUGUAAGCCCCACUCACUGUGCCCUCCUGGGACAAGGGUGAAAAAACGAGGCAGUGAAACCGAGGAUGUGAUCUGUAAACUGUGCACCAAGGGGACUUUUUCAGAUGUGAAGUCGAGCGCGAUGAGGUGCCACACCCACACAGACUGCCAAGCUCGGGGGCUGGUGCUGCUCACACCAGGGACUAGAGAGACAGAUAAUGUCUGUGGAUUCCCUCCUACAGUUCUGUCCUCCUCUUCAUCCUUCUCUACAACCACCAGACUGGGGCCUCCGCAGGUUGUGCUUGUACAGGCGUUCCUAACUUCUUCACCUUCUCCAUCAUCACCACUGACCGGACCUGGACAUAAAGGUACCUACCGCCAGUCAGCAGCCAUUCAACUGAGGGAAAGUCCAAGUGGGGAAGACCACCUUGCAGAGGGGCUACUCCUUAGCCAGCCUGGCACUCCCUCCCCAUACAACCGUGAUCCCCCAAGGACUCCACCAACCCCAGCUCACAAGCAACCAGUGAAUUACGAGCAACAGUGGGGGCAACCCACUUCUGACCUUCUUCCAGGGCACAGCAAGUGGCAGCUGGAGGGUGUGGAGGGUACAGACAUAGUCAGAGUUGGGACAGGUAGCCAGAUAGCUGGCCACGGGAAUGGAGGAGGCAGAGGUGGGGUCUCCGGCUACUAUAGGCCCACUCGCAGAGGGACCCCAAGGUUGAGCACCCAUAAUCAUUUUGACAUCAAUGAACACCUUCCCUGGAUGAUUGUGCUUCUGCUCCUGCUGAUGCUAGUGGUGAUUGUGGUGUGUAGCAUGAAGCGGAGCUCUCAGGUACUGAAGAACGGCCCCGUGCAGGACCCAGGCAGCAUCAUGGAGAAGGCGAUUCAGAAGAAACCAUCUGCGUCUCUAACGCAGUUUAAAGAGAAGUGGAUCUACUAUUCCAAUGGACAGGGGGUGGAUAUACUGAAGCUGGUGGCAGCCCAGGUGGGCACCCAGUGGAUCGACAUCUAUCAGUCACUGGCUAACGCUACAGGGUGUGAGGUGGCAGCCUUCUCCAGUGACUACUCAUCAGAUCAUGCACGGGCAUACGCAGCCCUGCAGCACUGGACCAUCUGGGACAGUGAUGCCAACCUAGCCAAGUUGAUCAACGUCCUGCACCGACAGCGCCGCAUUGAUGUGGUGGAGAAGAUCCGCUGUGUCAUGGAGGACAACCUGCAGUUUGACAUCAACCAGCUGAUGACCACAGUGAAUGUAAGUCAAAGCCUCAGUCCCAUCCACAAGCCGCUGGAGUCACCAGUGGACCGCACUAAAGCCUUCUUCCCUGAUGAAUCAGAGCCUCUGCUGCGCUGUGACUCCACCUCCAGCAAAGACUCUGCCCUCAGUAGGAAUGGCUCCUUCAUUACCAAAGAGAAGAAAGACACUGUGCUCCGGCAAGUGCGUCUGGACCCAUGCGACCUACAGCCUAUCUUUGACGACAUGCUGCAUAUCCUGAAUCCAGAUGAGCUACAUGUUAUUGAGGAGAUUCCGGCCGCAGAGGACAAGCUGGACCAGCUUUUUGAGAUUGCAGGAGUCAAGAGUCAGGAGGCCAGCCAGACGCUAUUGGACUCUGUCUACAGCCACCUCCCUGACCUGUUAUAGUGGAGGAAGAAGGAAGAAACCACACAGAGAAGACCUAGAUUUAAAAAGAAUAUCUGAGUGGGAUGGGAUGAGCCAGAUGUGGUAUUGCUCAGAUUACACUUCGUCUGAUAUUUCAUAUUACUGAGUUUGAAUCAUUGUAUUAUUUUAUCACAUGAUAUGAACACUGGUAUCUUCACUGAUACUUAACUACUCUUUACCCCAAUAUCAUCCUCUGUUAUGUGUGUACACACCAUCACUCCUUCAAAACACUUUUUACCUAUCUUCUACCAUGAUGAAGAGUCAAUAGUCAAUGCAUUGAAAACAUUCUAUGUGUUCAGGCAAGGAGUGUUUUCACUUUACAUAUAUACAUGUUCAGCCUUGUUGGUAUCCCGCAAGUUUUAUGACAUUAACAGUGAGACUUAACAGUCCCCAAACUUUAUCUUAACUGGCCAAUGCUUUCAUCUUCAAGAGAUAUCAAUGCUUUUUGUUGGCUGUGCCAAUCAUUCAGAAUCAAUCAACUAGAAAAAAAGGCCCAAACGUUAUAUGCCUAAACUUGCUAAAUAUCCUUUUUCUCUCCUCAUGAGCCCUAUUGUUUCGCGUCUACCUCCUCCAGCUUCCUGUACCUGGAGCAGAUCAUCUGUGGGUGCUAGCAUUUUGGCUUGUAACUGCUCUGCCAGACCAUCAGGUGUCAGCAUUAGAUUUGACAUCUGACCUGCUGUUCUGGAACCCAAAGCUAUAUAUCAAAUGUACUGGAUUAAAUGUCAAAAUAAUAUUACAAUAAUGUAGUAAUACAUUAUCCAAUAUAAUUAUGCAAGACUUUAUAGUGAAUUUGUGUAAGAAGGCCCCAAAGUGACUUAAAGUGAACAGUAAUGAUACAGUACAGUAUGUGCUGCCCCAGCCUGCCUCUCUAUAACCAAAGCCAAAUAUCUGAAACUGUUUAGAUAUGUUGCUUUGGCACUGAUGGACUUGUGGACACAAUGAAUACUUCUGCCAGUACGUACAUUCAGCUCUUUGCUAAAUAGCCCUGUUUGUCUCAACACAUGUAACACUGAUAAAGUGUUGGUGUCUGAGCAUUUCAGUGCUGUAAUACAAAUAACUGUGUACAAGUGUUUUUUUUUCACUGCUUUAUGAUGUUAAAUGUACUAUAUAGUUGAAAUUAAAAUGUAAUGAUACACCAAUUCACUUUUCCAUUAGAGACACAGCCAUAUUUUCUGCUCCCCAUUUUCUCUUUCUUUAAUUCUGAAAUGCUGAUAAUUUGUAAUGUUUUCUACAUCAAGUUUAUUAUAUUAUUUUAGCACCUCUUUUUUUAGCAUUUUGACUUAUUUGUAUCAUGUUUUUCUGGGCAUUCAGAUGUAUUCCCUCCCCACCUGGUAUUAUAGGAUGCCCUGGCUGGGAUGAUAAUGAUGAUUAUAAUCAAUUUAUUUGGCCAUGUUACACACACAAGGAAUUUGUCUCCGGCAGCCAUCUGCAGCAUCAACACACACACACACACGGGUGGUGGCUCUGGCUCUGCAGGGCACUGCUCUGGCCAUCAGGGGCCAUUUGGGGUUCAGUGUCGCGCCCAAGUACAUGUCAAUAUGUGGACUGUAGGCAUCAAAAAUUGAACUUACAACCUCCGACUUGGGACACAACUGCUCUACCUGUGAGUUACAGCUUCCCCAAUGUAAGGUAUUAUAUACUCCAUACUCUACUUGAAGUCUGUCUACUUGUGUUGAUUUCGCUGAUGAAGGAAUAAUGUCCUUUUUCAGUUCCCUCCAUGUUCAGCAUUGUUAAAAGAAGAAUACAGCUGAAAGGCACCACCAAAAACUCACCAGUCUUUAACAGAUGGUUUCACAUCUGUCACAAGCAGCAAAGGAGGAAUUUUGACAAAGCCAGGUACUAUCCAUGCUACUGUGGUGCUAGAUGUGAACUCUCAGCAGUUGACCUGACACAAAGGGAUGUAACCCCAGACUAAUGACUAUUUAAAGUAUUCCAGACUGAGUGAAGCAUGAAGGCUGAUGUGGACUGUGGAUUGUUGAUGUUAAUGAUGAUGUGUGUUUGUUCUGUCCUGUGCUCUAGAAUCUCAAACAGCAGAGUGGGAGCAUUUUAUUUUCUAAGGACUUUGGAGCAGAUGAGAUGUGAAACACAAAUGUAGCACGAGUGGGUGAUUUAAUCAAAUGUCACUCUUGUAACCAGUAUGUUUACUACUAUAUAAUCUCCUCAAAUCAACCAAUAAAACUCAAAACAUUUGUCAUAA